AAUCUCCGUGGACUCCUUCUCAGUGCCGUGUCUCAGCCCCAGCCUCGCCAUGGCGUCUGCUGGUCUGCAAAUCCUGGGGAUCGUCCUGACCCUGUUUGGCUGGGUGAAUGCCCUGGUGUCCUGCACCCUGCCCCUGUGGAAGGUGACCGCCUUCAUCGGCAACAGCAUCGUGGUGGCCCAGGUGGUGUGGGAGGGGCUGUGGAUGUCCUGCGUGGUGCAGAGCACGGGCCAGAUGCAGUGCAAGGUGUACGACUCGCUGCUGGCGCUGCCGCAGGACCUGCAGGCUGCCCGGGCCCUCUGCGUCAUCACUCUCCUCGUGGCCCUGCUCGGCCUGCUGGUCUACCUCGCUGGAGCCAAGUGCACCACCUGCGUGGAGGACAAGGACUCCAAGGCCCGCCUGGUGCUCACCUCUGGGAUCAUCUUUGUCAUCUCGGGGGUCCUGACCCUGAUCCCUGUGUGCUGGACCGCCCACACCAUCAUCCAGGACUUCUACAACCCUCUGGUGGUCGAGGCCCAAAAGCGGGAGCUGGGAGCCUCCCUCUACCUGGGCUGGGCGGCUUCCGGCCUUUUGUUGCUGGGUGGGGGGCUACUGUGCUGCACCUGCCCCUCUGGGGGCUCCCGGGGCUCCAGACAUUAUAUGGCCCGAUACUCAGUAUCAGCCCCACAUACCGCCUCUCGGGGUCCCUCCGAAUACCCCACUAAGAAUUACGUCUAAUUUGGGUAGGGGAGUGGGGGCUCCUUUGAUAGUGGAGUCUAACCCACUGCACUGGGGUCAUGGAGACAGUGAUCCAUGACAGCUUUGGGGUUGUUCUGGAUUCUUAUUGGGGGAGGGGGGCAGUGGUUAAUCCGCUUGAUAACCUACCUGGGGUCUGCUACUGGUGUUCCUCACUUUGGAAGAUGGAGCCAAAAAGGCAAUGCUUCAGUUUCUGGAUUGUUCUCCACCCUGGACAACCCUAUCUUAGAGACCAACCUGGAACUUCCCCAUGUGAAGAGUACCAUGCCCUCCCCUGCUGGUGCUGGGGGCGGGGCCUCCCUAGGACGAGCCUUUCCUUGCUGGUCAAGCCUCUGGAACCCCUAGGGGUUCUCGAGCCUCAUGUAGCCUCCAGAAGAGCAGGUGAUAAGUUACCAAAGACCCACCAGUCUCCAAGUCUUCUGACCUCUGGCUCCUGCAUCCUGAGUCAUGUCCCCCUUGUGCUGACCCCUGACCUUCCUAUUCCAGCCUCUGGGCACUUGCCAUGUCCUGCCCACACU